AAACCUAAAACACAAAUACAAAAUCUUUCCCGAUCCCCAAUUCCCGUCUGUCUCCUGCGGAUUUUCAGAUACACAAAUACAACUUGCGCCUCUCAGAUAUGGAUGGUGGUUAUGCACAUUGAAACCUUUACAAUCGAGAAGGCUUUGGAUGCACAUAGUUGUUGUUGGGGACGUCUUCGUAAUCGGUGAAAUAGUUGGCGCACGAGUAGGAAGCAGCUUUGUAGAGGGCUAACGAUGAAGAAGGAAAUGACUCAACACUGCUACUAUUACUUCGAAACCAGCCAAUCUCUAUUUGCACAGGUUUUUCUAGAUUUGUGUUACCAUUUUUAACACACCAAAGAGGAAGAAACCAACACUAUAUUAUUUCAUUAUCAGAUUUCAACACAAUCCCCACCUGGCAAAAGCCUUGCGCUAUGUGUCAAGAGCUUCCCUCCACUUGUCUAUGUCCCCCUACUUACAAGCUGCAUGCAUCUCAAAGUUUUUAACCCUCUUACUAGAAAACCAUACUUCCCAAAUGUCUAAUUUCUCAAUCCAAGUACCCAAUUGAGCUCUUUUCAUUGUUUUUCCUGUUUAUGAAUCAUCAAGACUUCUCUCUUGUUGGUCUAGUUAAGUCGCGAAGAUCCCAGUGGUUUUGAUUUGAGAUGUCUGCAAACUCUGACUCCUCCCUCACUUGCGAUUCUGAAGUUAUGUCUCGGCCUCAGACCUCAGGAGAGACGACACAUGCAGCAGCGAUACACAGCCCACCUAGGAAUGGUGAGGAUGACUUGUCGGGGUACCACUAUUGGAGCACAAUGGCUGGACCUAACCAUGAACACCUACUUAUACCACUAACAGAGAGAGAUCGUGUCCACCGAUUCGUAUUCGGGUUACGCUCUGAUAUCCGAGAAAGGAUGUUAGGACACUUGGAAAGCCCAUGGGAAGUGAUGCUAGGAGAGGCUUACCAUGUAGAAAGGUAUGUGGAAGUUAUUCACCAAGUAUUGGCCCAUGAGAAAUCGGGCACUCAGAUACCCAACGAACUACGGGAGCAAAUGCAAAUCAUACCUAUAGGGGAACUCGAAAGGGAACGCACAAGGGCAUUUGAAGAUGAUAACUUGCAAGGAUACCAGUAUUGGAGCGCAAUGGCUGGACCUAACCACGAACACCUUCUUAUACCACGAACAAAGCGAGACUCUGUGCACCGGUUCAUAUUUGGGUUACGCUCAAAUAUCCGGGCAAGGAUGUUAGGACACUUGGAAAGCCCGUGGGAAGUGAUGAUAGCAGAAGCUUUGCGCGUGGAAAAGUAUAUGACUGUGAUUCAACAAGUAUUGGACCAUGAGAAAGCAGGCACUCAGAUACCCAAGAACCUACGCAAGCAAAUGCAAAUGAUACCAGUAGGGGAACUCGAAAGGGAGCGCGCAAGGGCCAUAUAGGAGUUGCAUGGAUGAGACAUAGGUCAAGUAUCACUAUAUCUUUUUUUUUAGAUUUAAGUUUGGUUGAGACUUUGCUGUUUACAACCUUCUGAUGUAGUAAACUUUGAAAGCUUGUUGUAUCGUUUGGAUGGUUUCAGCCCUUUUGCUUUAAUGAAUGGCAUGUAGUUGAUCAUUUAUGCGGUUGAAAAA